AUGGCAGACGAAUCGUUCUCACUCGCCUCGCGUGUCAAACUCAAUAAUGGCGCGUCUAUGCCACGCAUCCAACUAGGUGUCUACCUGAUGUCUGGAUCGGAAGCUUCGAAGGCUGUCACGAGUGCUCUCGAUGCCGGAUAUAGAGCAUUUGAUAGUGCUCAAAUGUACCGAAACGAGCGCGAUGUCGGCAACAGCAUAUCAGAGUAUCUCAAGACACACCCAGAAGUCAAGCGCGAGGACAUCCACUAUACAAGCAAGCUUGCUAGCAAUUCCGAUUACGAAAGAGCAAGGAAGAGCAUCACAAAAAGCGUGACAGAAUGCGGAUUGGGGUAUAUCGAUCUGUUUCUGCUGCAUUCGCCCUACGGUGGUAAGCAGGCUCGGCUCGCCAGCUGGAGAGCCGUUGAAGAUGCCAUUGAGGCGGGAGAGGUGAGGAUUGGUGGCGUGUCGAACUUUGGAAACAAACACAUCGACGAGUUGCUUGCGAGCAAGCCAAAAAUCAAGCCCGCUGUAAACCAAAUCGAAGUCCACCCCUUCAAUACACGAAUGGCACUCACCGAGCAUUGCCUCAAGAAUGACAUUGUGGUAGAGGCGUAUGCGCCGCUGGCCAGGGCACUCCGCAUGAAGCAUCCGACCAUUGUUGAGCUUGCCAAGAAAUACAGCUGUACUUCGGGUCAGCUUCUUGUUCGGUGGUCACUGCAACAUGGCUUCGUGCCGCUGCCUAAGAGUGUUCGCAAGGAGCGUAUCGUGGAGAACGCCAGUAUCGGCCACUUCAAGAUCGAAGAGGCCGACAUGAAGAAGAUGGACGACUUGGACGAGUAUCUUGUAACCGACUGGGAUCCGGUAGACACGGAUUAGGGGCGCAGGUCCUAAUUCCUGGACCAUGUUACAAGAGCUGCCCUUCUUUAAAAAUGU